AUGGCAAAUUCAACAACUGCGACGAUGCUGAAGGUAUGCGGCAGUUUGCUGCUUGGGUGGCUGGCCGUCGUGUAUAGCGAAGACUCACACAAGCACUUGGACAAAGUGUUUAAUGAUAAAGAGAACGAGAUGAAGCAAAUGUUUAUGGUUGUGGAGCAACAGCUGAGUGCUGCGCAGCAGGUAGCGGGUCUUUUUGUAUUGGAGGACGCGCAGCUAGAGAUGUUUACGGUCGAGACAAGAGCAAAGUUGCGUGCAAUUGAGGAAGAAGUGAAGGUGAAAGUAGAGGAAACAAUGAAGGAGGUAGAAAUGCUGCGACAGACGGCGGUAGCGAAUGUGACGACGUGGAAAAAGACACUUCAGGGAUUGAAAGACGCGACGGAGAGGAACCAAGUGACGUUAGAGAAGAUGAGAAAGGAAAAGGAGGAUAAGAUGCAAUUGGAGCUAGCAAUGGUGCAAGAAAAAGAAAGACAGCAAGGUAUCGAGAAGGAAUUAAAGCUCCAAGCAAUUGCGGAGCUGAAACAGCUACAGAAACUAGAGCGAUUACAAGAGCUUGACAAGCAGAAAAUGAUGGAAAGAGCACAGGACGUUGUGCUAAAAAAAUCCAUCAUAUUGGAGAAAAAGGAACAAGGAAGUUGGAUAAAUAUCGCAAAGAGCCGAGAGCUGGAGAAGCACAUGAUGGAGAACCAAUGCGAGCAAAGCGAAAUGCCGGUGGUGAGCAGCUUGGGCUUGAACGAUGAAAGUGUUACGACGGAAAAGGUUGCUAGUUUUUCUGAAGAUGCAGGUCAUGACGCUGGUGUGAAACGUUUCUUAGCCUGGUAUGUAAUUGCCGAACACGCCUUGAUUAAGGCAGUUGCGACAAUUUGUCAACAUUUCGUGUUACCGGUGGUGAUAGUUAUCGGUUUCUUUCUUGUGAUGACCGUCGUCAUUGCGAGGUUUCAUGCCACAAAGCAGGCGCGACGCAGUCGACGAGUUUUGUACUCUGGGUAUCCAAAGAGCUAUGGGCCAAAGCCACACCCUGAAACAAAGCAUCCAGAUUGA